CACAAUCACAAGCAGUCACCUCGGACUCUAGGGGUGAUGGUCGGACUCGCGUUUAUCGUAGAUGGAAUGAGCGUUACACCGAAGCCUGUACUCUGGAGCGGGAUCGAUUUGGAGGUGGAGGAUCCAUCAUGGUCUGGGGCGGUGUCAGAAUCAUCAGACUGAGCUUGUUGUCAUUACAGGCAAUCUCAACACUGUGCGUUUCAGGGAAGACAUCCUCCUCCCUCAUGAGGUCUGACCGCAGUCAUGGCAACAGCUCAGUCAGUGUUAACAGUGGCUGUGUGCAUUCUGCUCAUCGCAGAGCUGAUUGUGGCUGAGAAAGAUUACUAUGAGAUCCUGGGCGUCCCCAAAGAUGCAUCUGAUCGGCAGAUCAAAAAAGCCUUCCACAAAUUAGCCAUGAGCUAUCACCCUGAUAAAAACAAAAGCCCAGACGCAGAAGCAAAGUUCAGAGAGAUUGCAGAGGCAUAUGAAACAUUAUCAGAUGACAAGCGGAGACAGGAGUACGAUGAGAUGAGGAGUAGUCCUUACUCAAGAGAGGGCACGAGAGAAGGUGGCGACCACUUCCAUAAACAUUUCAACUUCAAUUUUGAUGAUUUAUUCACAGACUUUGACAUCUUUGGACACAACACUCACUCGCACAGUGAAAGACAUUUUGAGAAACACUUUCAGGCUCACGAAGAAACCAUUAGCAGACACAGGAGGCACUUCCAGAACUCUUUCGAUGGUGGUAUCUUUGACGAUAUGUUUGAAGACACAGAAAGGAUGUUUUCUUUUGAUGGACACCAAACUCGGACACAGAGCAGGUUUCAUGGUUCUGGCAGGCAGCAAUGCAGGACUGUCACACAGCGAAGGGGCAACAUGGUCACUACAUACACUGACUGCUCCUGAACCGCGCACACAUGGAAAUGUCUUUUCGGUUGUGCUUAUUGAAAUUUAAAUGAAUGCUGUUUUGCUUUGUUUUUAAUAGAUUUAAUGACCUCUAGAAAGAUUUCUGGGACCUAAAUCUGACUUUUAAGGGAAAGUUCACCCCAAAAAUUAAGAAUUUGAAAUCAUUUACACACCCUCAUGUUGUUCCAAACCCACAAUACUUUUUUCUUUUGUGAAACUCAACAUGAGGGUUAGUAAAUUAUUACAUAACUUACAUUUUUACAUGAACUCUCCCUCUAAUAAUACAUACUUCACUUCAUCCACAACAUUCGACAAAUUGAGAAAAAAAGAAGAAAAAAACAGCAUUGACACUUCUUUUACUGUGAACAUAAAAACCUGAGGUUGAAAUGGCACUUUAGUCUGGUUGUCAAUUAUUUAUAAACAAUUAUUAAGUCAUUAUUAAGUCUUCAAGUCAGGAUUUAGGGUCCUUCACUUUAAAUUAAAUACAUAGUAUGUUUUCAGGUCAAGUGGGUUUCACAUUUGUUUACAUCUGAGGCCUUGAAGUGCCAUUGCAUGGCUCAUUUGCCUUUAGGAGUCUAUAACCUGUUUGAGAAAUGUACUUGUUCACAUUCAAAGUGUCUUAAAGUCAAGAAAGUGAAGUUCCCCUUCAAAAUGUUUGUAAAUGCUGGUUUGCCUGAGUUAUUGCAUUAUGUUGCACAAUAUUGAAAAAGACUGAAACUCUUGUAAUUGCUAUUUUUGUUCACUGUACUGUAUUUAACAUGCACAUUAUACAAUUUGUAUAUCUUCCAUCUCAGCUAACAUGACACUCGAGCAAGCUGUGGCUCUUAUGAUGGGGAAAUCCCCUUUGUGCAAUAUUUAUUACAAUUUCCUUGCUGUUCAGGAAUCCUGUUAGCUGUAGGGCUUUUCUGGAAUAAAAUUCAACGGUAUAGGAUCAAAUGAAAUGGCAUACUGUAAACGGUUGCUUUUCAGGUAUAAUGUCAAAUUUCCAUGUCAUUUUCUAUGAUGAUUUUGAGGCAAUUGCCUGGGGCAAUUACAUGAGAAAGAGCAAUAUUAAAUGAUACAUUUUCAUCUAUUAUGUAAAUGAAGGGGCGAUCAAACAUAUUCUACACUCCCUAUAGUUCAAGGUUGUAUUUAUUUUGGCUGUCCAAAGAUUUGAUUAUAAGCAGUAGGUGGGCAUUUCUGUCAAUCUGUUUUCAAAUCUGUCACAGAGAACCAUAUACUUUUAUAUCUGUGCCAUUUAUUUAACAACAAUUACCUCUAGAGGUAGACCGAUAUAUCGGUUUCACUGAUUUAAUCAUUGCCAAUAGUUUCUUGGAACAAUCAGUUAUCGUCCAAAAUCUAUGCAGAUAGUUCUCUAGUAUAACAGCAGCCUCUAAAUGCUAAAUAAAAACAA